UCUCUCUGGGGCACUGCUGGCAACGGAAAUGUGCUGUUUUGUUGCCAAAGCUUGUUGUUUGCCUGCGUUAUGUAGCUUUCCGCUGCUAAGCUCUUGAAUAUGCCAUGUGUGCAGCAUGUCAAACCGUGUUGAAGACUCCUGCGCAAGAUGGUAUAGACGAUGUCAACACGAGAGCCAAAACAUCGAUGCAACAGCAGCUGUUUCAGCUGUCUUCCUUCAUGGUGACAGACCGGAUUUGUGGAUACCUAAACAUGCCCGUGUAAUGUGUGACUGACAAAAUAAACAAUAAUGGGGGGACUACUAAGUAGACAGAACGUUAGUGUUGAAGAAACGGAUUCUGUGAGCAGCAGUGCUUAUAGAUACCCGCCGAAGUCUGGCAACUUCUUCGCCAGUCAUUUUAUAAUGGGAGGCGAGCGCUUCGAUACGAAUCAGCCUGAAGCGUACCUCUUUGGAGAGAACACGGAUCUAAACUUUCUGGGUGGCAAACCAACGCCGUUUCCGUACCCUGCUCCACAAGCAAAUGAGCCAACGCGACCACUGCGCAGUCUGAUCAACAUAAGAAAGGAAUCUGUGCGCUUCGUCAGGAUUCUGGACACCAAGAAGACCGAGAUAGUAAGCAAUGAAGUGGAACAGCCUCAAAGGCAGCCCUACUUGUACAACAUAGAAUUCACCUUCGAUUCAGAUGUCCGCUGUGCAAUCACUAUCCAUUAUUUCUGUUCAGAAGAGAUUACACCGACUGGCAUCGUGUACACACCUCGCAACUCCAGUAUGAGCUCUGAGACAUAUCAUUACAAGAGGGGAACCAACCAACAGUUCUCACAGACGUCCCACAUCAUCGACCCUUCCGGUUACUCGGACGAAGAGCUCAACUACCACUAUGGUGACGAUGACAGCCUACCAAUGGUUAUACACUGUGUAGCAGAGGAAGGGGACGAGCCACGUCAGUCGCACGUGUUGGUAGCAGUCAUGGAGAAGAACUCGGAUGGCACCUAUGCCUUAAAACCUUUGAAACAGAAACUCUUUGUAGAUGGCCUUUGUUACCUCCUGCAGGAGAUCUAUGGCAUUGAAAACAAAAAUAUUACCCAAGGGAAGACUGCUGAAGAGGAAGCAGAAGAGGGUGGAGCGGAAUGCGUAAUCUGCAUGUGCGACGGGCGGGACACCCUUAUUUUGCCCUGUCGUCACCUAUGCCUUUGUUCUGGGUGCGCUGACUCUCUGCGAUACCAGGCCAACAAUUGUCCUAUUUGCCGUGCCCCAUUUCGUGCCCUGCUUCAAGUACGUGCUGUUCGAAGGUCGGCUGCAGCAGUAGGAGCUUCAUUGCCUGCAGCAGUACCACACCUGGGCGAUCAUCAGGCAUGCGUUGACGUGCCUCCAGGCUAUGAAGUUGUACCCUUGGUAGAAGCGUUAAAUGGUCCAACCUGUCCUGCUCCAAUUCACCUGACUGUGGGCCUUCCACAAGAUGCUGGUAGUCCAGACAGCUCUGCAAGAGUCCUUCGCAUCAACAGGCAUCGCGCUGGCAGCAACAUAUCUGUUCUUGGAUCACCGCUGGGGGAGGUGCCUUCAAAAGUCGUGGUAGCGCAAGUUGUGUCGUCUUCCGAGCAAGAUGGUCCCACAGAGGCAGUUCCACGUGUGGCUGUACACACUGGUGGUGACAGCCGGCGCCUGCGAAGGAGCUCCUCCCGGGGGGCAGCACCUGAGCAGGUGCGACUUUUGACUCAAGGCUCCCACCGAAGCAAGACGAGCCAUGACACAGACUUGGCGGAAACACGCUCACUUCUAGAAGAAGGUGGAGUGACUCAGGCACAGCGUCCGGCACCACCCCGGAGUAGCUCCGUCUCCACGCCUCACUCCCUGCACUUAUGCGAAGGUCCUGAUACAGAGAACAAAGCCACAGAUACUUCACCAGGUGGAGAAGAAUCUGAUUACUACACUCCAGAAGAUCCGGCUACUGCUGUGCAUUUUCUUGUGGAUCGUGCUACGGACACGAGCCUCGAUACACCUCAGGCUGAAGUUGCUGUGGUUCAACCUGGUUCUCCUUCUGAUGUGCCCCAUGUAGUAAGGAAAGCCUUUGCUGAACGACAGUCUCCCCUCACGUUGAGACACGAUAACUCAUCCAUAGAACUGCUUGAAGUCAAGUCCCCGCCCCCUACGGAGGUUACAAAGCCAUUGCAGGUUCUGUCACCCGUGCGUUCAACUGCAGUUAUGGUGGGACACGUUGAGACUAGCGUCUCUCUACCAGGAACGCCAGCGAGUCACACCAGCAAUCGGAGCAGCGGAGAUAGCUGUAGCAGUGCAUCCAGCACACGGAUGCUUCUGGCAUGUGCAAGAGGAUCUGUGGUAGCUCAGGAGGGCCCAACCACAUAGCUCAUGCUGUGCUUUAUUUCGAGGCUACCAUUACCUGCUUUGCAUAACAUAACCAUGGGUGCUUAACAGAGAGUGCAGGGACAGAAUGCCGACUUCGGGCCUGCGCUCAGACAGCGGGAACGCGCAAAAGUUUCUGUGUCUGCUGCUGCAUUGUGCUGGUUACCGGGGCGACGGAGUUGAAACCCGUGCGCAUGGAUCCGUGAAGAUCGCUGAUGCAGUCCGGUGCGUUAAACGCAAAGCAUUUCUCAUGCAAGUAAGAUUAUAUGUUAAUGAUGAACAUGUAAUCUUAAUUGUAGGUGGCAUGCUUUGUGCAACAUUUCAUUACAUCUGGUCCGUCACUUUAGAGAGGGGGCAAAAUCGGGGUACGACAUAUACAGUGCAACCCUGUUAACUCCAACUCGAAGGGAGCUGAAGAUUUGUUUGAAUAAAGCACAGUUCAAAUUAAAGGGAGUCCCUUUGAACGAGGGUCUGAUACGUCGGCAGCGCAAACUAGCUGCAUCGGAGAUACGUCAUCGCUUGCUAGGCCUUGCUGCUCGUUGACGGUCACGCAAUCCCAGGAAUACAACAGGCUCAUUCGUAUUCUGGAACAUUUAUUUAUAGGUAGUGUCCCGCGUUUUUGGCAUCUGCUGAAAAAUGCAUAGAAACACUCGCCGAAUAUUUUUUGGAAACUCGGCAUGUUCCAAGCAUCUCGCGCUACAUGCCGAAAAUGCUGGUACCCGGUUGCGCACCGGAGCUUAACAUUUUAGUUUUUCCUUCACCUCGUUUCCAGGUGGAAUGUGCAGAAUGCCGCCCUGCUGAGCAGCUGGCCCAGGGAAAAACCUUCCUCUAUAACACUUUGAUCGGUGGGGUCAAGAGGGUUUCAAGCAACACGCGUGGAACCCUCCAACAGAGGGAACGAAACUCUUUGCAUUCUCAAUGUCCUCCUACCAGGCUGCCCUCCUUCGUUAGUCCUUCUCCCUAGUGAUUAUAGCUGCUGAUUUUUCUUCAUCUAUUUUUGGCGCAAACAAAAAAACAAAUUUGACAAGACAUAUAAGUGCCAAAAAGCACCCGCCAAAUUUCCCCAGGAAUAAGUGCCGAAAAUGCGGGACCCCAUUUAUAGGCAAGCAUUAAAAUAUAGGGGACCGAAAAUAGUCUCUUACACACAUGUGCAUUCUUUUUUUUUGCCUACAAGUCCAUCAACGCUUGUUGAACCCAGCCCAGUUGCGGUCUCUGCAAAUCCAGUCCGAGAAAAUAUCGACUGUCGACCACGCCUUUUUGCUUGCUGUGUAGUCAACAGGAGUGACAUUGAUCCCCUUAAAGCAUGGUACUAAUGGUACUAGCUUUGAUGACUCACGAACAACAGGCAUUGUACCUUGCUUCUCGAGUUUACGUGUGCCAUUACGUUGCUUCAUUCCUUGCUCCUACUUCCUCUGGCACAAGUAUUGGCCAUAUAAGUACUAAUAAGGAAACUUAACAAUUAAUAAGUACACGUGCCCCUGAUGCUGCCGGACGAGAGCAUUGUCCAAUGCGCCUGGCCCAUCUCAUUCAAAUAAAACGUUGUGCACAGUCACACGUUUGAAUCACCGGGCGUUUUCCCCCUUUCAAAAACCGUACACGACUGUGACAGGGCCCAAGUGUCAGCGUAAAACAUCCAGAAGUCAAAAUUAGGUGGGUUUGAAUUAACAGGAUUGCACUGUGCAAGUAUGCGCUUGCUUUUGGUGAGUGGAUAGGAUGCCUUGAACAGGUCACACAACAUGACAAAGGAAAGAGAAAGUCCAAGAAGUGUUGAAGUAAGCAGUCAUGUUGCAAGAAAUAUCUCCAUUCUUACAUUUCUUAGGAUGCAUUUUUUCCCUUUGUUGUUGUUGCAAAAAAACUAUAUGCAAAAAAAAAGAAAGCGAGAGCGAGAGUAAGGUAUUGUGCUCAUCAUCAUUGCACCCUUAGCACUAUUUUAUUCUUUAUUUUUGCCAUGCGAGACCGCGUUUUUAGGUUCACUAUAAUAAUUUACAGGAUAAUUAUUGCAUUGUAGAUGUGUGGAUUCAUGGAGAGUGGAAGAGGUGUGUUUUAGCCAAGCUGGGUUGAAUCAUGCAAAGGAAAUUUCUAGUUUGCAAACUUUGUGAGCUCUAUUCCCAUUCAGUUUGCCAUAUGGUAUUAAUUUUAUUAAUAAAGAUGUUAAUGUAAGUUUUAAAUUUAAAAUUCUUUCAUUCCAUGCCCCAAAGCCAACAUGAAAGAUACAAAUUAAAACAUUGAUUGGAACUUGAUGCCGUGCCUCAUAAUGCUGCUUGAAACGUACUGAAAAAGAACAGAAAGGAAAAAAGAUGAACAGUACAUGGGCCAAGGCAGGUAACUUUUGAGUUUUUUUUUAGUUUUUUCAAUGGGUGUUGCAUAUCUGUGCACUGUAGAGAAACACUUUUUUCUUUUUUUCGUAUGGAAAAUGCUUUUAGGGGUUAGUUCUGAAGCUCACGUUGCCUCAGAGUUCACACUGAAUAAAUUUCUGCAUGUAGAGCUGGCAGUAUCAGUGAGUACAGUUCUGAGUUACGCUCAAAGAACCCUGCAUAUGCAUAUCGUUACUUCCGUUCUAUAGAAAGAAUUGCCAGUCAUUGCAAGUCAUAUACAAGAGAAGUCCUGGUAUACUGGAAGGAAAGGUCACAUGAUAAUACUUCUGUAAAUACAGGGAGAACGUGAGCUGUUAUGAGUAAUAACAACACUGCACACUUUUGUUGGCAUAUGAUGCAACUUUACACAUUUUAUAUAUCUGUCUGCAAAGUCUCACUGUGGCUGUUGCAACAAGUCUUUGUUACAGAACAAUGUCGAAUUUUUAUUUCUCAAAUUUGGGAAAACAUAAAGCAAGAAGGCUAGUUGCAGUUGUAACUCUACAUAUUUAGGUGCUAGGCACUGCACUGGAUCGUAGUUUUAGUGUUUAAUUUUAUCGUUUUAUGUUUGGGAUUUUUGUUUUGCGUGUGUAUGCUGGCCACAUUUUACCACUUCUCAGUUCAACUUAAUGUAAAUUGCAGAUGCUGAACAAACAAUUAAGACAAACACAGAAUUUAAGUCUCACCGAUGCCCAAGCAAUUAUCCGAAAUACGGCUGUUAACGAAAAGUCUGUGAGUGACAAAUUGUCAACAGGAGUGCUAUAUCGGCAAAGCAUACCUGCGUACUGCAUCAGGGACUCUUCAUUGGUUCAUGAAUACGGACAUAAUUUAAACAGAGUUUCCUUGGACUAUACAGAGAGUUGUGAUCGAAGGCCAGACAGAACAAACAUGUUUGGUGUACAGGUAAGUUACUGAACCAGCAGCCUAGUGCAAAAUGAUCUUGAAUACGUUAAAAUCUGUCGCACCAUUAUUUUCGUGUAGUGCUUUGGGGUUGGCCUACACGGGCAGCAUUCGAAAUACUGUGGGAAAAUAAUUUGACAAAUUUCUGCAGAACCUGGGAUUCAACAGUUUUGCCACAACUUGGAGCACUGAGUUUUUUUUUACCCAUUGCCAUCUCAUUUCUGUCUGGCCUCCAAGGCCACAUACUAACAUUUGUAGGAACCUGAGCUUAGAUAUCGAGUUUUGUCCAUACAGGCAGUUUUAUGGAUGCCGCAGUGAUGGAUGAAGUGGGGAGGAUGGGACUGGGUAUUUAUGGUACAUAUAGCUCUCCAUCACACAAAAGGGUCAUUGGUUCUACCACUUUGUGGAGAGGGGGUGAAAAUCAGUCAUGUACAACAUCAUCUCUAGAACCUUGUGGAAGAAAAAAAAAAGUGAUACAACCAACUCUCUAAAGAUGCUCAAGGCGACACAUUGUGAUGCAGGCCUCCAAUGUGUGGGUGCACUUUGGCAUCUCUUGUAUUUUGAGAUGGAUAGGAAAAUAUAGCAAAAUAAAAAGGUUACACCCUC